AUGGCUUUCAGUGCGACGGAUGUGGAGAGGCCCGCCGAGCAGGCCGAGCGCGACACUCACGAUGAUCACCAGAGCGAGAGCGACCAUGACCCUUGCGGACACGCCCACUUCAGCCACCGCGCGCCGUGGCUGCGCGCCAUGGUCCUGGGCGCCAACGACGGCUUGGUGUCAGUGGCCGCACUGAUGAUGGGCGUCGGGGGCGCCGACGCAGAUCUGCGGGUCAUGCAGCUGGCCGGCGUGGCGGGCCUGGUUGGCGGCGCCCUGAGCAUGGCAUGCGGCGAGUACAUCAGUGUCAGCAGCCAGAAGGACGCGGAGGAGGCUGACAUUGAGAAGGAGCGCGCCGAGCAGGCCAAGGGCGAGCGUGCUCAGCAGACUGAGCUGGAGGAGCUCACCGCCAUUUACCGCUCGCGCGGCCUGUCCGCCCCCCUGGCGCGCCAGGUGGCCGUGGAGCUGACAGAGAAAGACGUCAUCCGCGCCCACGCGCGCGACGAGCUCGGGAUCGACAUCGACGAUCUCGCAAACCCGCUGCAGGCCAGCCUGGCGGGCGCGGUCUCGUUUGUGUUUGGCGCUGCGAUCCCGCUGCUGGCGGGCGCAUUUGUGCGUAGCAACGUCCUGCGGCUCGUCGCCGUGCUGCUCGCGACGACGGCGGGGCUGCUGUUGUUUGGAGGCACUGGCGCGGCGCUCGGCGGCGCGCGCGUAUGGAGGGGCUCGCUGCGCGUGCUGAUUGGUGGCUGGCUGGCGAUGGGGCUUACGUACGGCAUCGGCGCGGCAUUCUCGGCCGCCGUAGGCGCGCCCGUCAGCGCCGCAUGA